AUGGAGAUCAUCGACCUUACCAUUGAUUUUGAGGAGGAAACGGCAUCGCGAAGGCAGCAAGACAGGCAAAGCAAGGAGCUAGAACCGAUAUUACUCCAUGAUUCUGACGAGGCUGUCUCGUCACCUGUCAGGCAAACGCCAGUGAAGCUGCCGAUGUUAACGCCAUCAACUAAUUCGCCCAAGUCAACCCCGGGAAACAGCAACACAAAGAAACCAAAAAGCACGGGAAAGAAGAUAGCUUCGAUUCACACGGGAUGGAGAGCUGGGAUAAUUUUUGAGGAAGUUGAGACGAAAACCUCGGUUCUGACACCUAAGGAGCAAAAGAAGCAACAGAAGGAGAUAGAGGAAAGGGACAUUGGAAACAGAAUUCAAAAGCUUGCGGAGAGUGUUGGCUGGAAACAACCCCACCGCAACGACAACCGAAAGACAAGAAAGAAUUCAACGGCGACACCAUAUCUAUACAAUGAGGAACGUCUAGCCACUUGCGAUAUAUGUGGCGAAAAGGCACACAUAUUCGAGGUGACAAAACUAAAAUGCAAGCAUCGACACUGCAAAUCCUGUCUGCAGCUGAAUUUCUUGAUGGUGAUAAACGACCCCAGUGCGUGGCCGGCAAAAUGUUGCAAGCCUCUAGAACAGGAUUUGGCCUCGAAUACGCUUUCCGAAGAGGAGUUCCAAAGAUACUUGGACGUGAAAAGGGAAAAGGAACAAACUUCGUCAACGAACUGCUUCAAAUGCAGCCGGCCUAUCCCCAGCAUCAACGUUAUCGGAAGUAGCACUGCAUUUUGUGCCAAGUGCGAGAGGAUAACUUGUGUCCAUUGCACGAAAGCGAUGCACGAAGGUGCCUGCCUCCUGGAUCCAGAAACGGAGAAGCUGCUCAAUAUGGCACAAGGAAAGAAGUGGAGCAAGUGUCCAAAAUGCUCGAAUAUGGUGGAACGAAAUACAGGUUGCAAUUCAAUGAUGUGCCGGUGA